AUGGAAUCACAAAAUUACGAUUAUGGUCAAAUGUCUCCAGCAACGAUUUAUCCUGUUCCAAAUAAUACUAAUACAACGACGAACUCCAGUAUAAGUGCGGACUCUUUAUCAAGUUCGCAACCUCAGUUAUUACUGCUGGAAAACUCUCAGACCUCGGUGGUUGUAUUAAAUACUAACUCACCGACCCUUUCUCAAUCAUCACAAAUUCAAACCAGUUCACUAAAUUCUAUAUCAAAUAACGUAACAACAACACAAGAUUUAUCAUCAAUGUUGGUUAACCAAGAACAAUUACCAACUGUGUUAGUUAUGAACCCUACCACCCAAAAUCCUCUAGAGUCUUCAAAUCCCUCUCAGGUAACAAUAGGGAACGUAUCAUCAAAUGUUUCUAUGAACUCUUCAAUGAUCCACGACCCUUCAAAAAUGAUGGACCCGGUUUUAGUAUCUCAACAAGAUCCACAACCACAAUUAACCAUUACUUCUUCGGGUCCCCCACAAGUUGUAUUAACAACAACUCAAGAACAACCACCACCAUCUACUACAAUGUAUAAUCGACCAUUAAUAAGUCAUAUAGAUCACGUUGAACACCAAAAUGAAAUAAUUUCUACUACAGCUCCUGCUGCGAUAAUAGAAUUAAAUAGGCAACAGCAACAUCAGAUGGAUCAAUCUAAUACUUUAAAUGUUUCAGCUCAAGCUUUUCAAGUUCAAGCUAACCAAGUUCAAGCCGCCAAAAUGGCUGAAGUUGCUGCUGUCGUUGCUGUGGCUCAUGCUAGUGCUAGACCUCCUGAUGUUCAUGUUCAAGCACAAGUAAAUGCACACGUUCAAGCCGCACAUGUAGCUCAAGCUGCUGCUGCGGUUGCCGAAGAAGAGGUGAUGGUUCAAGAAGUUCGGAUUGCUGCUGCCUUUGAACAGGCAGCUCAAGCCGCUCAUAACGUUGCUGUAGUUGCAGCACAAGCUGCUCGUACUGAAGCUAUGAAUCAAUCACCACCCCAAGUUGUACAAGCUAUAACCACCCAACAAAUGCAACCAACUCCACCUCAAGUUGUCACCACAACCCAAAUGCAACAACAAACGUCUCUGCCUUCUGUUAGCAAUUCUGGUCAACAGCCGGUGGUUUUGAUGCUGGAUAAUUCAAAUAUGGAUAAUCAUUCAGGCAAUAAUUCUGUACAGGCUGUAGUAGAUACAUUGGCUAACGCUUCAAUUCAAAUAGCAGAACAAAACAGACGUCUGGCCAUAGAAAUUGCAAAUAAUAAUCAACUUAAUAAUCAACUUAAUAAUCAACUUAAUAAUCAACUCAAUAAUCAACUCAAUAAUCAACUUAAUAAUCAACUUAAUAAUCAACUUAAUAAUCAACUUAAUAAUCAACUUAAUAAUCAACUAACAACCGAUAUGCAAUCUUCAACUACAAAUAUAAUCCCCCUUCACUUACUUAACGUAGGUGAACAUAUUGUUCAGGACAAUGUUGUAGAUGGAAAUAUUCUUAAUAAUUCACCUGUUCAUCCUCCUGCUCAAACAUUAACAUUUGUCGCCGAAAAUCCUCAAUUGGAUAUACAGAUUGCGGCACAAAAAUCGAAUGAUAACGUUUCAGAAUCUCCACGAUCAAAACCGUCCAACUCACAAGAUUCUCAACCCCAAAAUCGUGAUCAACUGAUAAGAAAAUCACCCUCAAACGAAGGACCAACACAAAUAAACAAUACCAUUGCAUCCAGUCUUUCAUCAACAUCCGAAGCCCCCGAUCUACAUGACGGCCGUGUAAAUACUGUAACUUCCUCUGAACCGAUGGAAACUCAUGCUCCUUUACUCUCUAUCACACAACCCGAAAUUGAUAAAAUCGAGUCGUCAAAAACUGCAGAAUCCCAUAUUUCAUCGAACUGGACCAACACAACUUCAUUCGAAGAUAUGACGAUAGAUCAACUCUACGCUAAAUUGGGAAAAUAUGAACAUCCAAAUUUAUCUACAGAAGAACUGAUAACAAAAUUGAAAUAUUAUGAACAACGUGAAAAAAAUCCAAAAAAUCGUAGUUUUGAAGGUAAUAAUAGACAUAAACGUCAGCGUAAUGACUCGAGAAGAUCCAGUUUUUCCGAUGGUAGUGAUACUCCCACAGAUGAUGAUUCACCAUUGACUCCUGUAAAUGUAUUGGACGAAAUAAAGUGUGAACCAGGUCGAUCCGAGAAUACAGUAGCCGGCAGCUCUCAAGGUUCUCCGACAAUAAGUUCCGAGAAACCAGAUAAUUCUCAAGAAGAAAAACAGGAUGUUCAUCGAUGCAUGUGGAGAGGAUGUACAAAAGUGUUAAAUACUUUAGAAACAUUAAUAUCUCAUGUGGGUGAUGCUCACAUUGGAAGCGGAAAGGCUACUUAUGCAUGUGACUGGGAAGGUUGCCUUAGAGGGCAAAAGCCGUUUACCAAAAGACAUAAAAUGUAUAAUCAUUUAAGAACUCACACCGGGGAAAGACCUUAUGUUUGUACUGUUAAUGGUUGUGGUAAAAGGUUUUCAAGACCUGAUUCCUUAACAACUCACAUAAAAACACAUUCAAAUGUUCGACCAUAUAAAUGUCCAUAUAAAAAUUGUACAAAAGCAUAUUAUCAUUCAAGGUCACUUCGUAAACAUGAAAAGACACACAUUUCAUCAAGUACAAAUACUCUACCCCCACAUUCUUUACCUCCUCCCCCUCCACCAGUUCAUCCUUCCGGGCUUUCUAUGAGACCUCCGAGUUUUGAUAGUACACCGAAUCCGUUAUCUGGAGGACCAUCUCGUGAAUUGAGAUCUGGUCCACCACCACAACCUAUUCACCCUCACCACCUUCCACCUGUUCACCAACUUCACCCAUCUUCACCAGUGGGUCCAUCACCUCAAUCAAAUAAUACUUUUACCUUUCCGUCUCAUCGAUUAAUUUCACAACCCACAUUACCGUCACAACAUCAAGGACAGCAACAUAACAUGAAUUAUCAUUACUCUUCACACCCUACAACAUUACAUCCUCCACCAUUGAAUCAUCAUCGUCCAGAAUUAGUUCAUCGUCCUCGAGCUCCGGCUUUUGAUAGUUCUCAACAACUACCUCCAACUUCAUCCCCCUCAUCCCAUUUCUUCGCGCGUCCUCAACAAUCACCGACAACAACUUCACCAAAUAAUUCCACUAAUACAACAAACAAUAACAAUUAG